CUCGCGGCGUCCAUUUUACACACGUCUUCAGAACGGAUGAAUUUAUCUUUAGUAUUAAAGUGUCUUAUUAUAACGUGUAAACUCGCUUUUUAACGCUGAUGGGAUCUUUUGAGUAUCUAAUAACAUUUUAAUCGAGAUCUGUUUAUCAGAAGACAUCAGGAGUUCAGAUGUGUGUCUAUGAAGAGUGACCGGUCCACUGUUAUGGAGCCGACAUUCAACUUUAGGUGUGAAGAGACACGUCCUGAUCUCAGAUCAGAUGAUCAGAAGAGAUCAGAUCCAGAGUUCAGCUGUGUGUCUAUGAAGAGUGAUGCGUCUAUGGAUCCGCCACGCAACUUUAAGAGUGGAGAUACAAGACCUGAUCUCAGAUCAGAUGAUCAGAUGAGAUCAGAUCCAGAGUUCAGCUGUGUGUCUAUGAAGAGUGAUGCGUCUAUGGAUCCGCCACGCAACUUUAAGAGUGGAGAUACAAGACCUGAUCCUGGAUCAGUUGAUCAGAAGAGAUCAGAUCCAGAGUUCAGUUGUGUGUCUAUGAAGAGUGAUGCGUCUAUGGAUCCGCCACGCAACUUUAAGAGUGGAGAUACAAGACCUGAUCUCAGUCGAGUCAUUACAGAACCCAUCUGUAAGAGGAGGAAGAUUGAUCAGUCGAAGAAUCAACCACAAAACUUCAAUGAAAACAUGGAUUCUGGUUUCAGCAAUGACUCCAAACCUCCUGAAGUCUUGAGAACAUUUAAAUCAAAUCUGAGGAAGAAGUUUGAGUGUUUGUGUGAAGGAACAUCAGAUGAGAGAAACCAAACACUGCUGAAUGAGAUCUACACAGAGCUCUACAUCACAGAGAGUGAAAGUGGAGAGAUCAGUAAUGAACAUGAGGUGAGACAGAUUGAGACACAAUCCAGGAGAUCAGCAACAGAGGACACACCAAUCAAAUGCAAUGACAUCUUUAAAGCUUUACCUGCACAAGACAAACCCAUCAGAAGUGUGCUGACAAAGGGAGUCGCUGGCAUUGGAAAAACAGUCUCUGUGCAGAAGUUCAUUCUGGACUGGGCUGGGAAAGAGAAUCCGGACGUCCACCUCAUAUUUCCACUUCCUUUCAGAGAGAUCAAUCUGAUGAAGAACCAAACACUCAGUCUUUUACAUCUUCUUCAUCUUUUCUUCCCAGAGACAAAAGAAAUGGAAAUCUCCAGCGGUGAAUAUAAAGUGUUGUUCAUCUUUGAUGGUUUGGAUGAGUGUCGUGUGUCUCUGGAUUUUCACAGCAGUGUGAGGUUGUGUGAUGUCAGUGAAUCAGCCUCAGUGGACAUGAUCCUGACAAACCUCAUGAAGGGGAAUCUGCUUCCCUCUGCUCUCAUCUGGAUCACCUCCAGACCAGCAGCAGCUGAUCUCAUCCCCUCUGAGUGUGUUGAUCGAGUCACAGAGGUACGAGGCUUCACUGACAAACAGAAGGAGGAAUACUUCAGCAAGAGAAUCAGUGAUGAGAGUCUGAACAACAGAAUCAUCUCACACCUGAAGUCAUCCAGGAGCCUCUACAUCAUGUGUCACAUCCCAGUGUUCUGCUAGAUUUCAGCCACUGUUCUAGAGAGAAUGUUGAGUGAAGCAGAGAGUGAAGGAGAGAUCCCCAAGACUCUCACUCAAAUGUACACACACUUCCUGAUCAUUCAGACAAACAUCAAACAUCAGAAGGACUAUGAGAAGAAAGUGAAGAAUGAUGAAGACAUGAUCUUCAAACUGGCCAAACUGUCUUUUGAGCAGCUUGUGAAAGGGAACCUGAUCUUCUAUGAUGAGGACCUGAGAGAGUGUGGCAUUGAUGUAGCAGAAGCAUCAGUGUACUCAGGAUUGUGCACUCAGAUCUUCAGAGAGGAGUUUGGCUUGUAUCAGGGGAAAGUUUACUGCUUUGUUCAUCUGAGCAUUCAGGAACAUCUCGCAGCUCUUUAUGCUCACUUCUCCAUCACAUUGAACAAGAGAAAUGUGUUUAAUAAAUCUAGAAGAUCAUAUCAAGUAAAGACGUCAAUAUCUGAGCUGCAUCAGAGAGCUGUAGACGAGUCUCUACAGAGUAAAAAUGGACAUCUGGAUCUUUUUCUUCGUUUUCUUCUGGGUUUGUCUCUGGAGUCUAAUCAGAAUCUUCUAGGAGGUUUGAUGACACAGACAGUAAGAAGCUCUCACAGCAAUGAGAAAACAGUCGAGUAUAUCAAGAAGAAGAUCAGCAGCGCUCGCUCUCCAGAGAAAUCCAUCAAUCUGUUUCACUGUCUGAAUGAACUGGGUGAUGGUUCACUAGUGGAGGAAAUCCAACAUCAUCUGAAAUCUGGAACAUUAAGUCAAAACAAACUGUCUUCAUCUCAGUGGUCAGCUGUAGCUUUUGUGUUGUUGACAUCAGAACAUGAGCUGAAGGACUUUAAACUGAGUGAUUUUGUUAGAGGAGGAAACAAAACUGAACAACUUAAAGUUCUUAGAAAUCUGCUGCCUGUGAUCCGUGAAUCCAGAUCAGUUCAGUUGAUCAAGUGUAAAAUGACAGAUGAAGGUUGUGUUGCUCUGACUUCAGCUCUGAGAUCAAACCCCUCACACCUGAGACAUCUGGAUCUGUCUGAUAAUAAUGUAGGAGAUUCAGGAGUGAAGCUGAUCUCUACUGUACUGGAGAAUCCUCACUGUAAACUGGACACACUGAAGUUGAUGAGGUGUAAGAUCACAGAUGAAGGUUGUGUUGCUCUGACUUCAGCUCUGAGAUCAAACCCCUCACACCUGAGACAUCUGGAUCUGUUUGAUAAUAAUGUAGGAGAUUCAGGAGUGAAGCUGAUCUCUACUGUACUGGAGAAUCCUCACUGUAAACUGGAGACACUGAAGUUGAGGAGGUGUAAGAUCACAGAUGAAGGUUGUGUUGCUCUGACUUCAGCUCUGAGAUCAAACCCCUCACACCUGAGACAUCUGGAUCUGUCUGAUAAUAAUGUAGGAGAUUCAGGAGUGAAGCUGAUCUCUACUGUACUGGAGAAUCCUCACUGUAAACUGAAGACACUGAAGUUGAUGAGGUGUAAGAUCACAGAUGAAGGUUGUGUUGCUCUGACUUCAGCUCUGAGAUCAAACCCCUCACACCUGAGACAUCUGGAUCUGUCUGAUAAUAAUGUAGGAGAUUCAGGAGUGAAGCUGAUCUCUACUGUACUGGAGAAUCCUCACUGUAAACUGGAGACACUGAAGUUGUGGAUGUGUAAUAUCACAGAUGAAGGUUGUGUUGCUCUGACUUCAGCUCUGAGAUCAAACCCCUCACACCUGAGACAUCUGGAUCUGUCUGAUAAUAAUGUAGGAGAUUCAGGAGAGAAGCUGAUCUCUACUGUACUGGAGAAUCCUCACUGUAAACUGAAGACACUGAAGUUGAACUGGUGUGAGAUCACAAUCACAGAUGAAGGUUGUGUUGCUCUGACUUCAUAUCAGACUCUAGGAGAUUCAGGAGUGAAGCUGGUCUGUGAUGUACUGGAGAAUCCUCACUGUAAACUGAAGACACUGAAGUUGAGUCAGUGUAAGAUCACAGAUGAAGGUUGUGUUGCUCUGACUUCAGCUCUGAGAUCAAACCCCUCACACCUGAGACAUCUGGAUCUGUCUGAUAAUAAUGUAGGAGAUUCAGGAGAGAAGCUGAUCUCUACUGUACUGGAGAAUCCUCACUGUAAACUGGAGACACUGAAGUUGAUGAGGUGUAAGAUCACAGAUGAAGGUUGUGUUGCUCUGACUUCAGCUCUGAGAUCAAACCCCUCACACCUGAGACAUCUGGAUCUGUCUGAUAAUAAUGUAGGAGAUUCAGGAGUGAAGCUGAUCUCUACUGUACUGGAGAAUCCUCACUGUAAACUGGAGACACUGAAGUUGAGGAGGUGUAAGAUCACAGAUGAAGGUUGUGUUGCUCUGACUUCAGCUCUGAGAUCAAACCCCUCACACCUGAGACAUCUGGAUCUGUCUGAUAAUAAUGUAGGAGAUUCAGGAGAGAAGCUGAUCUCUACUGUACUGGAGAAUCCUCACUGUAAACUGAAGACACUGAAGUUGAACUGGUGUGAGAUCACAAUCACAGAUGAAGGUUGUGUUGCUCUGACUUCAUAUCAGACUCUAGGAGAUUCAGGAGUGAAGCUGGUCUGUGAUGUACUGGAGAAUCCUCACUGUAAACUGAAGACACUGAAGUUGAUGAGGUGUAAGAUCACAGAUGAAGGUUGUGUUGCUCUGACUUCAGCUCUGAGAUCAAACCCCUCACACCUGAGACAUCUGGAUCUGUCUGAUAAUAAUGUUGGAGAUUCAGGAGUGAAGCUGAUCUCUACUGUACUGGAGAAUCCUCACUGUAAACUGGAGACACUGAAGUUGAGUCGGUGUAAGAUUACAGAUGAAGGUUGUGUUGCUCUGACUUCAGCUCUGAGAUCAAACCCCUCACACCUGAGACAUCUGGAUCUGUCUGAUAAUAAUGUAGGAGAUUCAGGAGUGAAGCUGAUCUCUACUGUACUGGAGAAUCCUCACUGUAAACUGGAGACACUGAAGUUGUGGAUGUGUAAUAUCACAGAUGAAGGUUGUGUUGCUCUGACUUCAGCUCUGAGAUCAAACCCCUCACACCUGAGACAUCUGGAUCUGUCUGAUAAUAAUGUAGGAGAUUCAGGAGUGAAGCAGAUCUGUGAACUGAGAGAUGAUCCACAUUAUAAACUAGAGACAGUGACGACUCACAGGUGAUGUCAGUAAUGUGUGUGUUUAAAGGUGUGUGUGUGUGAUCUUCAGUAUCAUCUGAUGGACAAUAAGAAGACGACACUAUAGUGACAUCACAGACACACAAUCAACACACACUGAAGACACAAUAACACCUCACACUGAUAACACUGUUUGAAAACAAUCAUUCACACAUUCAGUUUCAUAAUCCUGUGAUAGUCUUGAUGAAGUGACUGAAAAACUUCUUCAACAAAAGAAAAUGAUGUUACACAAUAUUGUCAGGACAGUAAACACACACAAAUGUUGUGUAAACUCCAGUAGAUUUGAAUCAAAUAGAGCAAAUCUAGUGUGUGUGUUCAGAGAUGUACAGUAAAGAUCAUCAUGUGUGUGACUCACUUUAUCAACCAAUAAAACAAAUGAAUUUAAACGUCACAACAUCUGAAGAAGGAUCAGAAAUAGAAAGAGAUUGAAACUUUGAGUCUGAAUCUUUUGACUUUUAUUGUCUAAAUGUGAUUUGACUUUUGUAUGGAUUUGGUUUAUUCUGCUGUGAAACUGAAGUUUCUGGAGUUUCAGAGACAGCUGUCAGAUGAUGUGUUUGGGUUUUAAGAGCUUCAUGUUGAUGUGCGUUUGAACACAAUUCAAUCUAUUUGCUCGUAAUGUUUUGAAUCUUUGUGAUAUUACAGAUCAGGUCAGUUAGAUAAUAAUAAGAGAAGAAGUGUUUGUGAGAUUAUUUGUCAGAUUCAGAACACAGUGGGAUUAUUGUCCACGAGUGCUUCAGAUUGUUAUAUUUACAGGUUUACACAGAGACUGUAAGUGUAAUCUUAUCACACAUGUAUUUAUUCUUCAAGUUCUUUAAUUCAAUUUAAUUCAUGUGAUUGAGUAAAUAUCACAAAAAUAAACAGUUAUAUUAACUUAAUAAAAUCAUUCAGAUGAUUUUUCAGUGGAAUAUAUUAAAAAUAGUUAAAAAAUCCAACAGUUCAUUUCUCUAAAAUUCACUUAUAUUAUAGUAUACUAAGUAUUUAAUUAACACAUUAUAUUUUUGAUAUACACUUAGCAUUUGUGGUCAAUUCUACUUUACUCGAGUUACUCAGAUUAAUUUCAUUUAUAAUUACAUUUACACAAUUUAAACAUUAUAUUUCAUUGAUUUCACAUCUUAAAAGUGUUCUCAAGUUUUUUGAGUAUAAAUUGUUUCACGUUAAAUCUCUGUGACAUCUUUAGGAGUGUGAUGAAGUGUUGACAAAAAUAUAUGAAAAUCUUUCUUUGAAAAGUCAACAUCGUCCUCUGUUGGUCAUAAUGUGGAACACUUUAACCUCAGAAAAACAUUUUGUUCAGGAGUCAGUCGUUUUAUUUGAAGCUUUCUAGUUUACAGAUGUCAUCAAUAUGAUGAAUGAGCUCAGAUAGAUUCUUUCUGAUAAAUUAAUGAACCAUUUAAUUCAUGUUUAAAUUCAUAAAGUCUUAGUGUUCGAUAAGCAGCACUUGUCAUGUUGUGAACAUAUAUGUAUAAAGCUUGAUUAUAAGUAUUAUUAUAAUGAUAAUGAUAAUAGAAAACUGAAAUGUGACAUAAACCUGAUGUUUUAAUGUUAUAACUGCAUGAAUAAAAAGAGAGAUUCUAAUGAAAUACAUGCUCAAUAAUGAGCAAUUUCUCACAUGUUAUAAAUGUUUAAUAAAUGUUUUCUUCAUUUAUUUGACUCGAAAGCAGAUUUAUUGUUAUCUUGAUUUUGAUCAGACUGAACACUUUUGUUGUGUUUCUUAUAUCUUCUCACUAUUUGUCAGGUAUUUCAUUAGAAUCCCUUUUUAUUCAUGUGGUUAUAACUGCUUUAUAAUGCAUUUGUAAGUGACUUAAUAAUCAUUAAUGAACACAUUUAUAAAUGCUUCAUAAAGGGUACCUUAGUGUAAAAUUAUACCAAAAUAUCUUUAGAAAAGUCAUGUAAAAAGGUACAUAAAUAAUGUAGGGAAACACUUUUCAGCUUCAAAACAAUAAUAAAUGACUUAUGUUAUUAUCACACAUGAUGUGGAUUAGAUAUUUGGUCUAAUGUGGUGUUCUCUGAGGAAAAUGAUCCAAUUCACACCAAAAUUUGUCAACAUGAGGCCAUGAUACUGGUGAUAAACUGUAAAUGAAUUUUGAAUAACGCUGUUGCCAUGGCGAUUUAUUAAAAAAUAUAAAAGUACUUUUCUUAUAUCUUUAAAGUUUAUUAUCCAAAUACUUCAACACCUUUUACAACUAUGUUUUUCUUUCAUAGUUUGUCUAAAGGUUUAAUAAAACGUGUUGUUUUUUGACAAGUGUUUUCAGGGACAAGAAUGAAAUUUAGAUUUUUCUUCAGUCAUUGAAAAUAUCAAAGAACUUGAAUUUAAUUUAAUCUAAAAUCAAGACAUUAUAAGAGUUUUAAAGGGUCAAUGAUUCAAAAAGACCAAAGAUCAUUUUUUACAAUAUAAUAUGUAUUAUUUUAGUAGCUUUCAGUAUCAUUGUUUAUUUUAGUAUUAUAUCUUAUAGCUAGAUUACAAGAUUAAUAAAAAAUAAGAUAUUUAAUUCAUUAAAUAAAUUGCAAUACAAGAAAAACAAAAGCUUUUGUUUAAAAAAGAAAAGAGAGUGAUACAUCUCUUUCAGUAGAUGUGUAGGUAUAGGGUCUAGUGUGCAAAAUAUUCAUUUUUGGGUGUACACUGUAAAAUCUAAUAGUUGUCCUUACUUAGAAAUUAUUUGUUAACUUUACUCAGUUGUCAAAAUGUAUAUAUUUUACUAGUUUUUAUUAAGUUAAGUUAACAAUUACUUGCAGGGGAAAUCAAACUACUUACUUUUCGCAUUUAUUAUAUUUUACUUAAAUCAAGCAAGUAGCGGCAAGCGAAGUCAUUACUUUACUACACCAGCAAGAGGCAGUGGAGAGCAGAUCUUGCCUGUACGCAGAAAAGAUUCCCUACAUGCUUUGCGCCAGACUGCAUUAGGAGAGUACAUUUAAAAAAAUAUGAUUAUUUUAUGUGUUUUUAUUUAAAUUAAAGACUUGAUAGUGUUUAAUGUUCACUUCUCUUAGAUAUUUAAAAGAGUUUGACAUAUUUUUCAGUUUUGUGGUUACCACUGUUUAGAAGACAUGUGCAUGUGAUUAGGGUCUGCGAACCUCAUGUGUUUGUUACCAAUGAGCAUAGUCUGUGCAUACAGUUCUGAGAUCUGUCUCCUCUUGCUUGUUUUGUGUUGCACAAGUCAAGGUGUUUGAUUUAUGCAUUUUUAGAAUUACAUUUAUGUGAAAUAAAAAAAAGAAUUAUUGAAUUAAAACUCUAAUGAUGAAUGCAAUAAAUCCAAUGGAAAUUAUUAAAUUGGCAAUAAUAGUUAAUUCUGAUUACUCCACACUAAGUCAAAAGUACAUCUGAACUAUUAUUUUAAGUUACUUGAACUCAACAAUACCUUUUCACUUUACUUAGUAUUUUUAAGGCAAUCGGUUUGCAUGUUUUUUUAAGUAAGAUCAACUAAUUAGAUUUUACAGUGUAGUGUCUCUUUAAGAUUCAUGUGAGUAGAUCACAUUAGCUCAUCCUUCAGAUGUUUUUUCUUUUGAUAGUUUUCUGGAAACAGUGAUGUGUGUGUGAGGGGACUUCACAAAAGUGAAAGAAAUAAAUUCACAUGAAUCAGUUAGUGAUCAUAUGAACUCUUUUAAUCUCCUGAUCUAUAGAACUGAACAUGUUCUCUCCGUCCCAGAACUAAUUUCUUCAUUUACUGUUAUAAAGUCUGACUUUCUGUUUAAAUGUGAAGCGUUGUGUAGAAAUAUUGAACACUAACAAUGGAUUUC